GGUUCUGUUUGACACGGCCCUCUUUCGUUCUUCUAUUCCCAUUUGUUGCGGUGACUCAUUCUCCAUAACGAAACCGUUGACUACCCACAAUAGGUUCCUCCGUCAUGCAAAUUUGUGAGUGAAACUGUGAAAGUUUAAAAAAAAAACCUAUAAAAUGGAAACAGAGUAGACGACAAAGCAUGAAACAGCCAAGGGUAUUCUGAGCAGCUGGACAGAAGUUUAAAGAGAAAAGGUCAUACAAGUAAAAGAUCCAUUCUCCUUCCUUUUCCUCUUCUCUCUCAAAAGGAGGAGACGCCUGUGGUUCAGUACAUGUUGGGUUUGUUGGCUUAACAGGCUCCAGGAGUAGUGGUACAGCAUACAGGCUUACAUGGGUAAUUGCUGUGGAUCUCCUUCAACUGAGCCUACCCCCAGCUUCCCCGGAACCUCCACCCAAGUUAACGAAGUCCCGUCUUCUAAAUUUUCAGUCUCAGGGACAUCAGAUAAUACAAGCAACGACGGAGGACUUUCGAUAACGAGCAGCAGCGCCGGAAACAGUCGGCUAUCGGCGGCACCGGCGAGUGAAAGCCAUGACGAGGCAUUUCCGGAAGGGCAAAUCUUACCAACACCCAAUUUGAAAAUUUUCAGCUUUGCCGAUUUGAAGACUGCCACUCGAAAUUUCAAGUCUGAUAAUGUGCUUGGCAUAGGAGGUUUCGGAACUGUUUUCAAGGGCUGGGUUGAUGAGAAGACCUUAGCCCCAUGUAAGGCAGGCACGGGCGGCAUGAUGGUGGCUAUCAAGAAAUUGAAUCCAGAGAGUCUGCAAGGCUUCCAAGAAUGGCAGUCCGAGGUGAAUUUCCUAGGAAGGCUUUCUCAUCCUAACCUGGUUAAGCUGUUGGGAUACUGUUGGGAUGAUAAAGAGCUGCUUCUUGUGUAUGAAUUUAUGCAGAAGGGAAGCUUGGAGAACCAUCUUUUCAGAAGAAAUCCUAUUGGACCACUUUCUUGGCAACUACGGCUCAAAAUAGCCAUUGGUGCUGCCAGGGGGCUGGCUUUUUUGCAUACCUCAGAUAAGCAAGUCAUUUACAGAGAUUUCAAGGCCUCUAAUAUACUGCUUGAUGGGGACUACAAUGCAAAAAUAUCAGAUUUUGGCUUGGCAAAAUUGGGACCUUCUGGUGGAGAGUCUCAUGUGACAACCCGGGUGAUGGGCACAUAUGGUUAUGCUGCUCCAGAAUAUAUUGCAACAGGUCAUUUAUAUGUGAAGAGUGACGUGUAUGGCUUCGGUGUUGUGCUACUUGAGAUGCUGACAGGAUUACGGGCGCUGGAUACAAAACGGCCUAAUGGACAGCAGAGUUUGGUUGAUUGGACAAGGCCAUCCCUGUCUUCAAAGAGAAAGCUGAAAAACAUCAUGGACGCAAGAGUGGAAAGCCAAUAUUCACCUAAGGCAGCAUUUGAGGCCGCUCAGUUGACACUGAAAUGCCUAGGAUCAGAUCCUAAAAGCCGCCCCUCCAUGAAAGAAGUAGUAGAGGUGUUGGAAAAGAUUGAGGCAAUGAGUGGGAAACCAAAGGAAUCCAGAACUAAACAUUCUACAGCCCAUCACCAUGGCCACCAACCUCUUCCUCUUCCUUCUCCCCGCCAUCAAAGGCAUCAUGGCACUGCAAUGGGAGGGCAAAAAUGAACACAAACUGGUAAUUUUAUUUAUUUUUUUCAAUUGUCAAAAUAUCACCAUUUUUUUUGGGACAGAAAAAAACAAUCCAUUUGGUUUCUACAGCAAGUUUUGUUGUUGGACCCAAUAUCAUUUGUACUCAUAUGAGGAAGCUGCGGUGUAAAAGGUGGGAACUAUAAAUGAUUUUUCUGAUCUUGAUCUGAGAAGAGCGAGACCAUUGUAAACAGCCAUUUUGUUUAGUCAUCCGAUGUGUUGCAAUGAUCAGUAUUAUUUCUUUAACAAAUGCUUCGUUUAGUGCA